CUAUGGGCUCGCUGCUGCACUACCUGUCCCGGGGAGGCCGGCUGGGAGCUGCGCUCUGGUGCUGGACAAAUGCCCGCGGCUUGAGCGGACCCCAGUGCCCCAGCUGGGUUGCACGAAGCCUUUCGUGCAGCCGAGGUAUCCCCGGUCUGGGAGGCAGGCCAGCGCUUGGAGGAAUCAUGGUCAGCGUGCUCACUGAGAGUUUUCUUCUGGUCUGGGCCCCAGACGAGUUAGUUAGUGGGCAAGAAGUGAGGCUGAGAAGGACGCUAAGCCGCCAUCCCAGCGCUAGGAAGGCUGAACACUUCCCAGAGCUGGGAACAGCUUCCUGGAGAGCCAUACGGAUUAUCCCAUGUUCACAGGGAACGCACCACUUCUCCAGCUGGGGCUGCUGCCAGAGUCUUCCCCGAGGAAGACACAGUGUUCUUCACAGACAUCACACUCCAGUGCAAGUCACUGGUAGCUGCAGAAAGUUGGGGACGGACCACAGGGAAGAAGGUUUCCACGUAGGUACAGAGGCUGACAGGGAGCCAAAGGCCGCCCUGCCCAGGGGGAGCCCCAGAGGGCCCCCAUACACUCUGCCACCUGAGCUUGAGCCUCCUACAAACUGCUGUAUGAGUGGCUGUCCUAACUGUGUAUGGGUGGACUAUGCAGAAGCUCUGCUGAGGCUCUACCAGGAUGGUGGGGAGAAGGCCCUGGCCGUUCUGGAGGAGCAUGUGACAGAUGAGAACCUCAAGGCCUUCCUCAGGAUGGAGAUCCGGCUCCGAAUGCAGAGUGGAGCCUGAUCCAGUUUACCUGAGACUCCUUAUCAUGGGCAGAUGGCUACCCUUAAGAAGCAGCAGGAUCACCUUUGUUCCUGAGUCUGGAAGACUCCACAAGUCUGCCAGGAACAAGGAUUAUUGUGUAACAACUUCACCUCAGAAUAAAUGAACCCUCUGUGACA